AUGGCUGGAGGAAUGACCUUGGAACUUGACUAUAAUUUUAGCAAUGCUCUAUAUAUGAGCAUUGAUCAUCAACAAUGGAUUCUACAAGCGGAUGUGGAUCCUUUAUUAUUUCCAGCCACUGAUCUUGCAUCUAAUGAUGAAAUAAAAGGACCAUGUGGUUAUGCAUUUCUUCAGGGUCCUGCUGGAGUUCCAGGAGUACCCGGUGUUCCAGGAAUCCAUGGAAGUCCAGGAAGCAAAGGAGAGCCAGGACUAAUGGGAAUCAAAGGACAUAAAGGUGAUGCUGGUUUACCAGGAAAAUAUGGACCUGCAGGACUUAAAGGACAGAAAGGUGAUCCCGGAGAUAUAAGUCCUACCAAACACUGCAGCACUGAGCCGAAAAACUGUAAGCAGCUUCUGCAACUGGGCCAUACUCUGAGUGGAUGGUACACUGUCUAUCUUGAAAGCUGUAAACCAUUGGCUGUAUAUUGUGACAUGGAUACUGAUAGUGGAGGCUGGUUGGUGUUCCAGAAACGCAUAGAUGGUUCUGUGGAUUUCUACCGUACUUGGGAUGCGUACAAGAAAGGAUUUGGGAACCAACUCUCAGAGUUUUGGCUGGGUAAUGACAACAUCCAUCAGCUUACAAAACAAGGAAGAUUUCAACUUCGUGUUGAUCUGCGUGAUUUUGAUGAUCAGAUGGGUUUUGCUGUGUAUAGUGGAUUUAAGGUUCUCGGUGAACAAAAUAAAUACAAACUGGUAUUGGAAGCAUUUGUAACAGGAAACAUAGGAGAUUCCCUGAUGAAACAUAAUGCGGCUGCAUUUUCUACAUAUGACAGAGACAAUGAUGACUAUGAUGAAAAAUGUGCCAUUAUAUAUCAUGCAGCCUGGUGGUUCACAUCAUGCCAUACUUCUAACCUGAAUGGAAAAUACCUUCAAGGUACACAUUCCUCAUUUGCAGAAGGAAUAAACUGGAAAUCUGGAAAGGGACAAUACUACUCAUACAAACAAGCAGAGAUGAAAAUCCGACCUGUAUAACAUGUAUAACUGUUUGUUUUGAAAUGGAAUUUGUACAUUAUUCAAUAAUGUUUGUCGCAAUUAUACUUAAAUGUGUGGUCAAUAAAAUUUGGUUUCAUACAAUGAAAAACUAUACUAAACCAAAGAGUAAAAGAAGCAGAAGUGGAAUUACCUUAGACUUAAGUCAUGUCACCAAAUAGAUGAGGCACCUUGACAAAUGUAACUCCUGCUUCAAAUGCAGUAUGGUCAAUGAUCGUGAUUAUGCAUGUUCAUAUGGGCAUAAUGAAAUUACAACAACUGAAAAGGAUUCUGUUCUAGCAAAUUUGAAGACUGGCGCUAGCAGUGUUGAAUCAUUGGUGUUCUGCCAUCACAAAGAAACCCAAGCAAUGAAUUUAUGUUCAACAAUGUAGCCCAAACGAAGAUAACACAUGCUUAAGAUACUAUUUAGAUACAAAUAGCUGCUAGAUUAAAGUAAAACUAAAAAAAGAGAAAAUGCCCUCUAGCAGGUUGCUUAUCCUUUAAUCAGACAAGCACACUUUUUUGUUAAGUUGUUAUAAGUUUUUUUGUUAACAUACUAACUCGGCUCUGCUGUCCUUCCAUAAAAGAUCUGUAGCAUCUGCUCCGGUAAUCAAAUUCUAGUUGCUUUAUGUAGGGCCCCUUGAUCCCUCCUUGUACUAUCUGCAAUGUCUAUUAUUUUUGUUUUGUUUUUUGAUGAAGAGCUGUGAG